AUGGCGUGGAUAAAGGCGGUCACUCGGACGCAUUCCUCUUCUUUAACUUCUUCUUCUUGGUAUUCAUCUCGCCGCCGCCGUUGUCGGUGUCCUCCUCGCAUUGCUUAUUGUGCUCUCUUAAAGAAGGGAAAAGCAGACGACGAGAAAGAUUUUGACGAGUUCGUUACGAAACAUUCCAACGCUCGCGCUUCCAUCGGGUACGAUAAAACGACUCGCGUUCGAGGCUUGUUCGCGUCGAGAGAGAUUAAAGCGAAGGAGGAACUCUUCCACGUUUCGUUGAAGAAAGAAGACGAGAGAGUGUUCAUCGACAAUUACGAGAAAGGAGAUGAUGAUUGGGCCGCCAGUUUAGCCAAACAGAUAUUAGUGAAAAGGAGGAGAAGUACUUUGAGUGAUGAUGAAAAGAAAGAACUAAAGAUAGCGUACGCGAACGCGCUGCCGAAGGAGAUGAUCGGCAUCGCGAAUAAGUGUUGCUUUUACGACAAUAACACGCGAUACGAACUCGUUUGCAAGUUUUUCGAGGCCACGGGCGAUCACGACGCGAAGGAGGAGUUGAUGAAGUAUGAAAAACAAGUGUCUUCGCGAAGCCGCCGCCACGGCGAAGAAGAAGAAGAAGAAAAGUACGGCUGGGCGUUGAGUCAAGUAUUUUCGAGGACGUUUCGAAUUGAAGACGCGAGAGGUAGGAGAGCGCCGCGGAGAGUGAUGAUUCCAAUCGUCGAUUUAUUAAACCACUCGUCCGUGGAGGAGGAAGUGAACGUGACUUGGAGAGUGAAGGAAGAUUUGAGCGCGUUUAUCGUCGAGGCGAAAAGAAACGUCGGGAAAGACGAGGAGUUGAUUCUUUCCUACGGCGAGAGAAACGAUCAGCACUUUCUGUUAUUUUAUGGAUUCUUACCGUCCAUGAACCCGUGCAAUUCAGUCAUGAUGUGGGAAAACGUCGACGAGUGCUUGAACUGGUACCAAAAUCUCUGCGGCGCGGAUGAAAACGAUACAAAAUGGGACGCGAUGAAAUACAAAUGCAAACGAGCGCUCGGUUUACUCAAGAAGAAAGACGAAGGAGAUUUUAUCGACGAUGAUAACGAUGAACGGCGUCGAUUUAUCCUGAGUCCAAACGCGAAAGUCGAUAACACCACGUUACUCGUACUCAACGAGAUAUCUGGAGAUAACGAUAUGGCAAUAGCCGCUGUGAGAGUAAGAGCGGAGGAAAUUCUUUCGCAAAGAUUUGCGUCGGACGACGACGCGAACAUUGAAAGGAUCUUUAAACACUUACUUGAGGAAACACAGAUGGACGAAGGCGAUAUCGAACUGUUGAGGGCGUAUAGAAAUAGAAAAAGAGAUAUUCUUAGAGAAAUCAUUUAG